AUGGCAUUUCCCAGCCACUUCUUCUCCAGAGCUGGCGCUCCUGCAGCCUUCAUUCGCCGCUCAUAUUUCGGCAAAGAUUUCGUGUUUGGUUCCGCAACUGCUACUUUCCAGAUUGAAGGUGGUCUAGAUGAUGGCGGUAGAGGAGAUAUUUGGGAUACCUUUGCCAAAGAAAUGGAGUUUGGUCAAUAUGUUGAUCAUUGGAUAACAUUGAAUGAACCAUUCACAUAUGCCUAUUCGGCUCAUGUCGACAAAGUCCACGCUCCUGGUUUAGAAACCGUGAAGGACCAUAUCUUUGCAACUGGCACAAACACGGAAGGAGCACCAACACCAGCAGCUACUUCAGCCGCGACUGAAGUAUCUGCUAGUGCCGGUACAAAUGAGGAGGCGGAAGAGGAGGAAGAAGAAGAGGAUGAUGGAGGAUCCUUCUUUUAUCCUUCUCGUUCAACAGUUCAUCGAAAACAAACUCGGAACAAAGUGAUGGUUUUCAAACCGAGAACAUCUUGGGCAUCUGAAGCUGAGUACAUUGAUCCUUUUGCAUAUCCAUAUAUUGUCACACAUAACCUACUUCUUGCCCAUGCCAAGGUUGUGGAAGUAUUCAAGAAGAAAUACCAGGAUCAUGCCAAGAAGAAGAAAAUCGGAAUUACAUUGGUGUCUAUGUGGUUUCAGCCUCGCAGUCCCAAUGAUGAAAAGGAUAAGGCUGUUGCUUUACGCGUCAUUGAUUUCUUCAUUGGAUGGAAUUGUACUCAAAUGAAGAAUUUUUGA